GAUCGGACAAUUGAAAGGCAUUCAUUUCUUUCCCUUUUUCUUCAAUCAUUCUCAUUCUUAUCUCAAGCUGAAGGGGUAUCAUAAUCGAACAAUCAUCUUCUCAUUGUUCGAUUUGGAAUCCUUCUUUGCUAGCGCUGGACGCUCUUCUCUGCUUCAUUCUUCCAUCCUCGUCAAGGCGUUUCCGUGUUCGAGCAUUUUUCUGCCUUUUCUUGCUUGAUCUUUUCAUUCGGGUUUCAUAUCGAGUUGCUCUUCUCGCAAUCUUCAUUGCAGUUCAAAGAAUCUCUGCAAAGCAUACUCUCAAAGGACAUUUCAUCCGAUCAAGUGUCGCGCAUACAUACUUUAGCAUCUUAUUGCCGAUCAAUCAACCUUUCCCGAUAUCGAUGACAAUUGCAACUUUCUCUUUCACCUUUCAUCUCAAAUGCGUCAAUGAUACUCAUUCUAUGAUCUACAAGAUCUGAACUGCGGCGCCGAAGAUGAGUUCGCAAACAAUGUCACUCGAUCGAGGGGAGAUGCCUAUAGGAACACACUCUUCAUCAUCUAGCUCAUCAGGUCGUACAAGGAGUGCUUCAAGAACGCCAGUUUAUACAUCUAGCAAUGCAUAUGCACCAAGCAGUAUCAUGCGAGAAACGACGACGGAAACGAGUAUAAGAGUACUCGUCUGGCAUCCAAACGCUUCUCCUUCCAAUUCUUCAGCACUUUCCAAUACUGCUCUAUUUCGUGAAGUUCCGCAAGUGAGAAAAAAGUUGGGCGGUAAACACAAAGAUCGUGAAUCGCUUGGACCGGGAUUGAUUGAUGUGAUCAAUACUGCAAAUAGUAUCACAGGACCUGCUGAUCCAAAAUUGAUCGGAAGCUUGAAAAAUGCUACGCCAAGCUGGCUGCGAGAGAAACCUAGCAAGACAAAAUUAGGAGGCGGCACAACAAUCGCUGUGCAAAAACCUCAAGGACAAUGGAAAAGAGGAACUUUGACGUUUAGAGAGACGGGUGUUCUUCUGAUCUAUGGUGAAGAUAGUGCUAUGCUUCAUUCACUUUCUGCAACGGGACUUUCGGCAAAUGAUAUUCGAUUAGUGGAUGAUUCUCUGUUUAUGCGACCACACGUUUUGGGCAUCUUUGCCUAUCCUUCCACACUGUUUGCUGGUGGAGUACGUGAGACGGGAAAGGCAAGCAGUAAAUUUGGCAAAACGACCCCGUCUAUAACUGGAAAGACCAAAGUCGAUCCAAUCUACAUAUGCUUUCCCAAUAGCAGGAAGCUGUACAUGUGGCGUGGACUGUUGCGUGUCUUUGCCCGACCAGAAAUCUUUGGACCACAAAACGAUGUUCGUCGCAAACAAACACAUCGAGGAUACAGACAUAUCGAAAUGUCAAUUCAUGAAGUCAAAAUCAUUGCUGAUCGGACAACAGUACAAGAACGUGGUCGAAGGGUGAGCGGAAUGACUAGUCCUCCACCUCCAGAGAUUGAAGAACCUUCUGCAGUUACGGCUACUGUGAUCGCCAAUUCGUCCAGUCAUGGGCACGAGAUAGCUUCAAGUGCUGAUCACUCUUUAGGUCACAUCAAACGAUCUUCGGUAGAUUCUCCCAUCCGAUCUGUCAAUAGUGCCCUGGGCAGAACCACAGCAGUAGAAGAAGGGCAUAGGCAAGAAGGAAGUAUUGAAGAUGCGAAAAGCAGAAGCAGUAUUAGCACAGAAGAAGUUGGAGAAGGAAUGUCUGGACCGAUCAACAACCCAGCUCCUGCACGAGUUUUGGAGAACGCCGCCUUUCUACAACAUUUGACACCGGAUAUGGAAAGGCGAGGAUCUGAUGGCUCUUCACAAAACAUUCAUGCCGCUUACAGUCCACCUCAACUACUGCCCUGCUCAUGCUUUUGUCAAGUUUGGAUGAAUGGAGAAGUGAUUGCGCGAACAAAGAUGGAAAGUGGAACUUCAAAUAUUGCCUGGUUUGAUAAAUUUGCAUUGCAAGAUUUACCGAAACUUGAGGCGAUGUAUAUUGAAAUUUUGCAAAGCUGGCGAACGGGCAGAUACGUUCAAUUGGGAACUGUCGAUCUGCCUGUUGAGACGAUGCGCAGAGGCGAAAAGAUCGAAGGUUGGUUCCCGAUUUGGUCUCCGCCCAAGACGGAAGAAGCCUGGUCCAAACGUGAUGAGAAUGCAUUGUCAUAUGGGCGUGAAGUGAUGGGUGAACUGAAGAUUUCGAUGAACCUCUUUGAUGAGACUAUCUUGGCUUCGCACAAUUAUACAAAUAUCGACAAGACCUUGAAUGGUCCCGGCUGCGUUGCCUUGAUGAGAAGACUUUGCAAGGAGCUUGAAGAAGACAAGGUGAUUUCGUAUUUGGUCGAUGUGUUUACGUGUGGUGGCACGAUUGUGGAUAGGUUGACUGAUCUGAUCAAUGCUGAAAGCUCCACUUUUGCCGCUGAACAAAGUUUGCUAUUCCGAGGAAAUACUCUCCUAAGUCGUGCGAUCGACAAAUAUCAACGUCGAUACUGCAUCGAUUGGCUGGAAGCAUGUGUGGGUGAUACAGUUCGUCGGGUAUGCGCUGAUCGGAUUCGAGUUGACACAAACGAAUCGAAUGUUCAUGCGUCACCAUCGCUAUCCAAUCCGGCUGGCUCAAUGGCAUAUCACACCGAUUCAAAUGUCAGCACACUAAAAGCGCUCAGCGAGGAUCUUUGGCAAUCAAUUUAUAGGAAUCGACACAAUUGUCCGCCAGACUUACGGAGAUCGUUAGCUUCCAUUCGACAAACUGUCAAUUCGCAUUUUAGACAGUCUGGUUCAGGAGGUCAAGGAGUUGGUGCUUUUGUGUUCUUACGUCUCAUCUGUCCUGCCAUUACUUCGCCCAACUUGUAUGGGCUGAUGGGAUCUGCACCCGAUGCACAAAGUGCGAAAACAUUGAUGUUAUUGGCAAAAGUGUUUCUCGCUUUAGCAAACAAGAGAGCAAGCUUUGACAAGGAUAAAGAACCAUGGCUGACGAGAUUGAAUGAUUUCUUAGCAAAACAUGCUUCAGCAUAUGAUGACUUUAUCACAAUCGUUUCGACGGAAGCGGAAACAUCUGCAAAAGCAGAACCACUGGGAGACGAAAAAGAUCAUGGCUUUCAAAAAUUCUUAAAAUUGCGAACCGAAGGCCUUGACACUCUUCAUCGUGAAUCAAUUCCACGACCCGGUUUGAAGUUGGAUCACACUCAAGCUAUGGCAAUGUUGGUAUCCUACGUCGUCAGAGAGGCAUCAGCGGAUGAAUAUGAAGAUUUUUCGCAAGACAAUUCCAACCUAAGUUUCAAUUCGACAGGUUUGAUGUCGCCUGUUAUGUCUUCUGGCAUGGUAAGCGCUUUGCAUCACAAUCAACAUUCUUCAGAUCAAUCCGAAGCAAAGAUGGACAAAAUGAAUGAGUUCAUUGAUCAAUGUUGCGAUUUGGAAGAUCAAGUGGGCUAUCAUCUUGACAGAGCAGGACCUAAUCCUGAGUCAUUGUCUGUUGCUACACACGAUGGCUUGACUGGCGUGCAUAGGACGACGAGUAUUUUUACGGUCCCCAAAGGUCCACCAUCAGCCGCACAAACUUCGCCUGCAAUUGGAAGAAGUGGUUCGCGUAGCAAUGUUGCAUCGCCUUCUAUGCCCCAACAACCAUCCAUGCAGCGCUCAGAAUCUGUCAAUUCCGGUCGAUUCCGCCGAGCAACUGUUUCGGAGGGUAGAUCUAACCCAGUAAAGAAUGAGAUGCCACAAUGGAGUUAUGUUGGAAAAGAUUCGUUUUUGCAUACGAUCGGUGUGGCACAAGGCGGAAAUGAUUCAAAACAGCAAUCGCAUCAACAAAUGUUACACUCUAUGGAUGAGGAAGCAGAAAUUGAAUCACAUGAAGAUGAUCAAAUGACAAAGAGACAUCCGCAUACCAGUGAUGCUCGUUAUACGGCCGCAACACCUACUUCGCCUACUGGUGGAUAUGGUACAUCUGCAUAUGAAAACUUGCGUAGGUUGUCAAAUGAUUUACAGCAAUACAGACGUAGAAGUGCAGAUUAUGAUACCCGAACGCGACCAAAACAAGCAUUCUCCAAUGCGAAUGAGAUCAUCUAUCCAACAGGCGGAAAUGGCGGAAAAGAAGAAGAAGCGGAAAAUCAGAAAAAGAAACGUGGAUGGUGGAGGAGGAAAAAGUGAGUUGGGGCAAAAAAAAUGAUCCCCAUUAUUUCAAAAAACAAUUUGUAUACCAUUUGGUUUAUUUUUCAUUUUACCAGAAACCCCCCUUCUUGAUGACAAGAAAGACUAUUUUAUCACACACACACUCAAAAAUUGUGCCAUGCUAUGUACAUAUAUAAACAGCCCCCUUUUUUCAUUGUUUGUUUCUUAUUGCUCUUGCUAAUCUCAAUCUCUGUUACAUACAAAGUUCUGAAUGCCCUGAAACGUUGUCUGAUAUCGGUCUUUACCCGAUUAUGAGCGUGGGCAAACACAUUGAUCUUCCUUUGGGACAGAAGCCAUAACCUGUGGUUUUAAGUAAAGAAAGAGUAAGAUUCUAAGAAGCACAAAUGAUCACUAGACAUUGCAUAUACCCACUUGAUCAAUAUGUCUACCGCAUCCUUUCCAAGUCGUCUUGCCACACGAAUCACACUUGACGGCCAUGCAAGUGUUGACAAGGGUUGCGGG